AUGCUCCCUGUUUUAACCAUUAUUGCUGACUGUGAUGGAUUACUAGAAAAAGUAGUGAGAGCAACAGCAAUCCAACCAUCAAAAGCUGUGAAAUUUCUGAGGAUGGGUUACUAUUGCUAUAAACGCAAGGCUUAUAGCACUCAUACAUCAGAUGUUAUUGUGAUGUUGGCCGUGGCCUUGAUGCUGCUGUGCAUACCCUGGCUCUUCACGCGUGAACAAGUGGUAGUAGUUGAAGAAAAGAAGACGAAUUGGUCAGCUUUGGUUACGCCAAUACUAGUACUAUUCAUCCUGCUUUUGCUGUCACUGAUUGGAAAUCCAAGGAGGGUUUAUGCAAAGCCAACGUGCUAUCGGUGUAAGCAUGUCUGCUACUGUUACUUGUAG